AUGCAUAAAUCGUCGCCGUCUUAUCGUAUAAGCCGUCGUCGUAGUAAAGACGGCAGUUCGAGUCGUCGAAGAAGAAAUCGUAGCUCGAGCAGUCGUCGCAGUCGGGAUCGCAGUUCGAGCCGGGAUCACCGCAUGCGGGAUCGCAGCUCGAGCUAUGGUGGUGAUAAUGACGAUGAUGAUCGGAGUCCUCGGCAUAGCAAAAGCAAAAAUUUUAAUUUUAGACCAAAAAUGAAGUCGAAAGAAGCAAUUAAAGGAAUCAGAGCCGCAAAGUCAAAAAUGCGUUCUGAAUUAGAUUCAGCAAAAUCGGAAUUGUUGGAUCUCAAAGAAAUUGCUAAAAGCAAUAUUAAAUAUGAUUUGCCAAUAACAAUAACGAGACAACGAGAAAUCGAAUUGAUUGAAGAUGACAAUUUUCGUUCAUCGAAUUUUAUCUCAUCAGCAGGUGGAGCUGGAGGGCGUAUUAAGAAUGAGGAUUGCGAUGGCCAUGGAACUGCCAUAGGAAAAAAAGAAGAUGCUCAUGAUAAAGCAAUGUUUGGUCCAAAAUGGCGCGAUUCUAUAGCUUUAAAGGAAAGAUCCAAAGAGGAUGAAGAAAUCAUGGAAUAUUCAAAACCCAAGGAAAUAAGGUUGGAGCAUCCAAGAUUCUCAUUAGAUCCAGCUGAGCGUCGAGAGAAAUGGUUAAAAAUUCUUCGAGAAUUAAGAGCGAAUUUGGCGCGGUAA